AUGAGCACAUCCCCGCGCUACACCACCCUCGUCUGCGACAUCGGCGACGUCCUCUUCACAUGGACACCCCCGCCUACAUCCAAAUUAUCCCGCAAGGUGCUGUUCACCUCCGCCGCAUGGCACGACUACGAAUGCGGCAGGAUCACCGACGAGGACGUCUUCUACGAGACCGUCUCGCGCGAGACGGGCCUCGCCAAGGCAGACGUGGAGGGCUUCUACGCGGAGGCACGGCCGACGCUGCGCAUCAACGAGGAGCUGCUCGCGAUCAUACGCGACGCGAAAGCGCGCCGUCCGGAGUUUCGGGUGCUGCUGAUGUCCAAUAUAUCGCGCCCGGACUUCGAGGACCUCUUGACGCGGUUCGACGACUGGGCGGUGUUCGACGGAGUGUUCAUCUCUGCCGAGGUGGGGUUGUGUAAACCCGAGACUGGCUUCUAUGAGCACGUUAUUGCGCAGUCGGGGAUAGACCCGAGUCGAUCUGUGUUUCUUGAUGACAAGGCAAAGAAUACGGGUGCCGCUGCUUCGUUGGGAUUUAGAGGUGUGGUGUACGAUGAUAUGGCGCACGUUGCGCAGACUCUUCGUGGUCUUUUUAGAGAUUAG